AUGUACAAUUCUCUUACUCGUAUUCAGAACACCUUUGGUUUCUUUACCACUGUCGCAUUUGUGGUCGCAGCUUUUAUCGCUGCGUCCGACCUCUUGGCUCCACGGGCGCCCGAUGCUGGCAUAUUCCAGAAGACAAACGCUCAAGUUGUUAAGGGCCGACCACACUACUACAGUUCUAAGAAGGAGGAAUACGCCAUCAUACGAUUCAACCUCGAUGCCGACUUGAGGAGCCUCUUUACAUGGAAUACCAAGCAGGUUUUUGUCUAUGUCACUGCUGAGUGGCCUGGCCCCAACAAUUCGACUAAUGAGGCUGUUAUCUGGGACAAAAUCAUCACCAACCCCAGCGCCGACCAUCUCCAGAACAUUGGACCUGUUGCGAUGAAGAAGUUAAAACGCAGUGCUGAGGGCAAGUCCAUCGAUCCUGAACGUGGCUUUAUCGGCCUCAAAAAUCAGAAGCCAAAGUAUCAGAUCACCCACCCCAGUGGAAAGGUCGCCGAGAUAGAUGAUGUGAAGCUCAAGCUACAUUACAAUGUUCAGCCGUGGGUCGGUUUUCUAACUUGGGAUCAGUCCCGGGAUAUCAGUCACUGGAGGGCUUUGAAAUGGGGAGAGUCGCCUAAGUUCCAACUUCCUGCUCUGAAGGCAAAGAAGAAAGAUAGUCCUAAGAAGAGCUACUAA